AUGAUGAGAGGAAUUCUUGAAGUACUUGUUGUCAAUGCAAAAGGCAUCAUUCACACCAAUCUUGUUGGAACACCUUCUUACUAUGUGAUCAUUGAGUGUGGCACUCAGACUCGAAUAACCAAAGUUUCAUCAGGAAAACAUGAGAAACCUAGGUGGAAUGAGAAAUUCAUAUUUAAUUUGUCAGAGUUUGAUUGCAAGAAUUCAACCUAUCUUAAAUGUAGAAUCAUGGAUAAAGAACUCUUCAGAAAUGCUGGAUUUGUUGGUGAAGCCAAAAUUUUCAUAGGUGGAAUUUUAUUGGAAGGAAGUGAGCAGGGAGACAUAGAAAUAGAACCAGCUGCAUAUAAUGUGGUUCUUCAAGAUCACACUUACAAAGGACAGAUAAAGAUUGGAUUUAAAUUCAUUGCUAAUAAUAAUAAUGAAAAGUACUUGAUGGAGAAACCAGACCAAUUCAAGGCUUUUGAGAAGAAGGAAUCAUCCAAUUCAAUUUUUGGAUGGAUUUGGAGAAUAUCAUUGUGGAAAAUCUUGUUUUUCUGUCAACACAAAAGUUCUAAAAGUCAUUAG